AUGGACUUCACGGAAUCUGAGACCAAUUUGGCCACGUCAGCUAUAGAAGAACGCUCUUCAAGCCAUGAGCUGUCCCGGGAGAGCCCACCUGUACACAGCAGCUUCUUCAAGGGCUGGGAUCGGGUACUGAAGACAGGUUCCAAGGAGGGUUUCGGGUCAGUGGAGAAGGUCGUGCUGCUCACGUUUCUCUCGGCAGUUAUCCUGAUGGCCAUCUUGGGGAACCUGCUGGUGAUGGUGGCUGUGUGCAGGGACAGGCAGCUGAGGAAAAUAAAAACCAAUUAUUUCAUUGUAUCUCUUGCCUUUGCGGAUCUGCUGGUUUCGGCGCUGGUGAUGCCCUUUGGUGCCAUCGAGCUGGUUCAAGACAUUUGGAUUUACGGGGAGAUGUUUUGCCUCGUCCGGACAUCUCUAGACGUCCUGCUCACAACGGCAUCGAUUUUUCACCUGUGCUGCAUUUCUCUGGAUAGGUAUUACGCCAUCUGCUGCCAGCCUUUGGUCUAUAGGAACAAGAUGACCCCUCUGCGCAUCGCAUUAAUGCUGGGAGGCUGCUGGGUCAUCCCCACGUUUAUCUCUUUUCUCCCUAUAAUGCAAGGCUGGAAUAACAUUGGCAUAAUUGAUUUGAUAGAAAAAAGGAAGUUCAACCAGAACUCUAACUCUACAUACUGUAUCUUCAUGGUCAACAAGCCGUACGCCAUCACCUGCUCUGUGGUGGCCUUCUACAUCCCGUUUCUCCUCAUGGUGCUGGCCUAUUAUCGCAUAUAUGUCACAGCUAAGGAGCAUGCCCACCAGAUCCAGAUGUUACAACGGGCAGGAGCCCCCUCGGAGGGCAGGCCCCUGCCGGCAGACCAGCAUAGCACUCAUCGCAUGAGGACAGAGACCAAAGCAGCCAAGACCCUGUGCAUCAUCAUGGGUUGCUUCUGCCUCUGCUGGGCUCCAUUUUUUGUCACCAACGUUGUGGAUCCAUUCAUAGACUACACUGUCCCCGGACAGGUGUGGACCGCUUUCCUCUGGCUUGGCUACAUCAAUUCUGGGUUGAACCCCUUUCUCUACGCCUUCUUGAAUAAGUCUUUUAGACGUGCCUUCCUCAUCAUCCUGUGCUGUGAUGAUGAACGCUACCGAAGACCUUCCAUUCUGGGCCAGACUGUCCCCUGUUCAACCACAACCAUUAAUGGAUCCACACAUGUACUAAGGUACACAGUUCUGCACAGUGGACAUCACCAGGAACUCGAGAAACUGCCCAUACAUAAUGACCCAGAAUCCCUGGAAUCAUGCUUCUGAUUCAGGACGUGGCUCCCAACUAAGCCAUUCAUUCCCAUUCAUGCCUGCAUGAACAGGACACCCUGGCAUCUCUCCUGACCCUCAUCACCACCAGUGAGGCAUGAGGCAGUGGGGCCGAGGGCCCAGGGAAGGUACAUGGAGGUCAGCGUUGGACAGGACCCCAGGCCAGAGCAUG